AUGAAAUUUCAAAAUAUAUUUCCAAUAUAUUAUAUAUUAUUUAUUAUACAAAACACUUAUAGUCUUUAUAGAAAUUUAAAAUAUUAUGAAACUCUUCAUAUAUCUAAUUUUCAACAUAAUAUUAUAAAACGGGGUAUUCAACAUAGUUAUCAUCCUUAUAAUAAAAUAAGUGAAUUAAAAUUUUAUUCUCAUGGACGGUAUUUUCGAUUAAUUUUAACACCAAGGAAAGAAGUUAUUCAUUCCAAAUUUAAAGCAUAUGAAGUUAAUGGUGAUGGAGAAGAAAAAACUAUACAUUUAGAUCAUGAAAGUUUUUAUCAUGGACGAGUAUUUGGUGAAAUUGAUUCUCAUGCACAAAUGCAUAUUGAUAAUGGUAUUCUUACAGGCAUUAUUGCAAUCUCUGAUGAAUCAUUUCAUAUUGAGCCAUCUUGGAGACAUUUACCUCAUUUAGGAAAUGAAACAAUGAUCAUUUAUAAAUCAUCAGAUGUUAAAUUUAGUUGGGAACAUUUUCAACAUGGAGAAGGGCAUACACAUAGUGCUCCUAAAACUUGUGGAUAUAUAAAAGAAAAAUUAGACAUUUCAGUAAAUAAUGAAGGAGAGGAAGAUAUAGAAGAAUCUAAUUUUAAAUUAAAUGAACAUUCUAGAAUUAAAAGACAAACAGAAACUUAUGAAUAUACUCCAACAAAAACAAGAUGUCCUUUAUUAUUAGUAGCUGAUUAUCGUUUUUAUCAAGAGAUGGGUGCUAGCAGUACAAAAACUACAAUUAAUUAUUUAAUAAGUUUAAUUGAUAGAGUACAUAAAAUUUAUAAUGAUACCUUAUGGCAAGAACGUCAAGAACAAGAUGGUUUUAAAGGAAUGGGUUUUGUUAUUAAAAAAAUUGUAGUUCAUAGUGAACCAACUCGCGGAAGAGGUGGUGAAACUCAUUAUAAUAUGGUUAGAGAAAAAUGGGAUGUUCGUACGUUACUUGAGGUUUUUAGUCGAGAAUAUAGCCAUAAAGAUUUUUGUUUAGCUCAUUUAUUUACUGAUCUCAAAUUUGAAGGUGGUAUUCUAGGAUUAGCAUAUGUUGGAUCUCCUCGUAGAAAUUCAGUAGGAGGAAUUUGUACACCAGAAUAUUUUAAAAAUGGUUAUACAUUAUAUCUUAAUUCAGGUUUAAGCUCUAGUAGAAAUCAUUAUGGGCAAAGAGUUAUCACAAGAGAAGCAGAUUUAGUUACUGCUCAUGAAUUUGGACAUAAUUGGGGUUCUGAACAUGAUCCAGAUAUAACAGAAUGUAGUCCAAGUGCUAGUCAAGGAGGUUCAUAUUUAAUGUACACAUAUAGCGUUAGUGGAUAUGAUGUAAAUAAUAAGCGUUUUUCACCAUGUAGUUUAAGAUCCAUUAGAAAAGUAUUACAAGCAAAGUCAGGUCGCUGUUUUUCUGAACCUGAAGAAUCAUUUUGUGGUAAUUUACGAGUUGAAGGAGAUGAAGAAUGUGAUGCAGGAUUACUUGGUACAGAAGAUAAUGAUGCUUGUUGCGAUAAAAAUUGUAAACUUCGUAGAAAUCAAGGAGCAGUUUGUAGCGAUAAAAAUUCACCUUGUUGUCAAGGUUGUGCAUUUAUGCCAUUAGGUGUAAAAUGUCGCGAUGCACAAUAUGCUACUUGCGAGCAAGAAUCACGAUGUACAGGAGCAUCUAGUGAAUGUCCCAGAUCUCCACCAAUGAAAGAUGGUACAGGUUGCCUUGAAAGAGGUCAAUGCAGACUUGGAAAAUGUGUACCAUAUUGUGAAACACAAGGCUUACAAAGUUGCAUGUGUGAUACAAUUGGAGAUGCAUGUAAAAGAUGCUGUCGAAUGAGUUUGAACGAAACAUGUUUUCCUAUAGAUCCACAAGAUAUUUUACCUGAUGGAACACCAUGUAUUCAAGGUUUUUGUAACAAGGGUGUUUGUGAAAAAACAAUUCAAGAUGUAGUAGAACGAUUUUGGGAUAUUAUUGAAGAUAUAAACAUUAAUAAAGUUAUGCGUUUUUUGAAAGAUAAUAUAGUAGGUGCUGUUAUAAUUAUUACUGCCACUGUAUGGAUUCCUACUAGUUGUGUUAUUAGUUAUAUCGACCACAAACGAAUUAAAGAAAGCGAAAAAAAGUGGCGUUGGAAACAUACAGAUGAACUUAUUCAUCCAGAUGAGCAAAGGCAAAUUAUUUAUACUGGUAGACAACGACAAAAAAUAUCGCAAGUUACUCAAUAAUUAUAAAUAUUUCAUUUAUAUGAUAUGAUCGAAAAUACCACGCACAAAAAAAUUUCUAGUCAUUAAUUUUUUUAAUUUUUAUGUUAUAUAUAAUUUUGUUUGUUAUAUGAAAAAUUGU